CCGCGGCGCCGCCGGGGUUUCCUCCGGGUCCUCCCAGCACGUGCACUACCUCAGCAUGGCAGACGAGACGCAGGGUUCGCUGGAGGGCGCCGACGACGCCUUCUACCCCAGCGGCAGUCCCUACCGCAUCCAGAGGCACGCCGCCAACAUCCGGGAGCGCAAGAGAAUGCUGAGCAGCAUCAACUCGGCUUUCGACGAGCUGCGGGUCCACGUGCCCACGUUCCCCUACGAGAAGCGCCUGUCCAAGAUCGACACCCUGCGGCUGGCCAUCGCCUACAUCGCGCUGCUGCGCGAGGUGCUGACCGCCGACUGCGACCCGCUGACCUACGUGGAGCGCUGCCUGCGCGGCGAGGUGAAGGCGGCGGAGCGCGCCGAGUGGAACACCAGCGACCUGACGGCGCGGCUCUCGUGGAUCAACUGGGAGAACCUCGGCGUGAACCCCAACCGCCGGAGCGUCCUCACCACCCUCACCCUGACGGCCGACAACAUGAACUGAAGACUGGUCGACUCCGCCUCCAGCCGC